GGUUUUAUCGAUAUAUUAUAUUCGAUAACCAAAUCAGCUGUUUUUGACAAAUUGGAAAGUCAAACAAUUUCGAAAUGUCGGACGCUGUAGAUGAAAUGUUGGCGGGACUUGCCGCCAGGCGUCAGACAAUGGCCAGACAGGUUGCCAAAAUAGAUGAGAUAAUGGAACGCUCCAAUAAUACGCUUCUUCACAUCGAGUCCAACAACAAAGCGCUGGCCCAAAAUGUCUCCCCUUUGGAGUCCCAAAAGGUUUUUAAUGUCCAACCGGAGUGCGAGUUGGCGCUGGUCAAGAUCCUUGAGAACUUUAAGCAGCUGGUGCAGAAUAGCGACCACAAAGAGGAAACCUAUAGCGCCCUCGAUGGGUGCCUUGCCCACAGGCACCGAGUAGAACAUCUUGGCAGCUCGGUUCGAAAGCUGGUGGCCCUGUGCGAUACUGUGGCCCAGAUGAAAGCCUUUCAGGAGGAUCAAGAUGAAGCCGAGGAUUCAUCCUAGUACAUUUAUCAACUUAUUUAUUUUUAUUUUAAAAAUUUAAAGAACAUUUUGAAAAGAUUUUAUUAAA